AUGGCGCGGGACAAAGAGCUUACCCCUGCUAUACGUGAGCGCAUAUGUGAGCUGCAUGCUAUUGGAUGGGGGUAUAGGCGUAUUCAUAAGCGCUAUCCCGACAUUUCACUCUCUACAAUCCGCUACACUGUGAACAAGGAGAGCGAGCGACGAGAUGGCGUGUCAAAACCGCGCUCUGGCAGACCAAAAAAGCUUACUGAAGCUGACAAAGACCUGAUACUCAAUGCUAUACGCGAAGACCCGAAGAUCACGGCAGAAGGGCUCCUUGCUAAGGUUGAUCAUAAGGUCACUUACCGCUCCAUAAAACGCCUUUUGAAUGCCGAGAAUAUACGUAAAUAG